UGGACGGUUGGAGUCUCCGCCGCCGGCAUCCUCGGCCCUCCGGGAGGCGACUCGCCGCACCGCGCCGGCCGUCCGCGCCCCCGCCUCGCCUUGCCUCUUUCCCGCCGUCCGCGCUCUCUUCCGCCGCCACCAUGUUCGAGGCGCGCCUGGUGCAGGGCUCCAUCCUGAAGAAGGUGCUGGAGGCGCUCAAGGACCUCAUCAACGAGGCCUGCUGGGACAUCGGCUCGAGCGGCGUGAACCUGCAGAGCAUGGACUCGUCCCACGUGUCGCUGGUGCAGCUCACGCUGCGCUCCGAGGGCUUCGACACCUACCGCUGCGACCGCAACCUCGCCAUGGGCGUCAACCUCACCAGUAUGUCCAAAAUACUGAAAUGUGCUGGCAAUGAAGAUAUCAUUACACUGAGAGCGGAAGAUAAUGCAGACACCUUGGCUCUGGUGUUUGAAGCUCCAAAUCAAGAAAAAGUUUCAGACUAUGAAAUGAAAUUAAUGGAUUUAGAUGUUGAACAACUUGGAAUUCCAGAACAAGAGUACAGUUGUGUAGUAAAAAUGCCUUCUGGUGAGUUUGCACGCAUAUGCCGAGAUCUCAGUCAUAUUGGAGAUGCUGUGGUAAUUUCUUGUGCAAAAGACGGAGUGAAAUUUUCUGCAAGUGGAGAACUUGGAAAUGGAAAUAUUAAGUUGUCACAGACAAGUAAUGUUGAUAAAGAAGAGGAAGCUGUUACCAUCGACAUGAAUGAACCAGUGCAGCUAACUUUCGCAUUAAGGUAUCUGAACUUCUUUACAAAAGCCACUCCACUCUCUUCUACAGUGACACUCAGCAUGUCUGCGGAUGUUCCCCUGGUUGUAGAGUAUAAAAUUGCCGACAUGGGACAUUUAAAGUACUAUCUGGCUCCCAAGAUUGAAGAUGAGGAAAGAUCUUAAAUAUUCUUGUGCUUCAACAGGUUCUUUGAGAACAGGUUCCGAGAUGCCAGCAUUUACUCAAGUAUCUUUGGUCACCAAAUUUGUACCUUUCAGGUACAUGUGUAGAUAUUUUCUGUAAAUAAUCUUAUUUUUUCUCUUCAUUCUCUACACUUUGAAGAAUAAAGCCCAAAGUUAAAUCUGGUCUUUGUUAACAUAGGAUACUUCUUGCCUUACACUGUAGUCUCUUGUGCUCAAGUAUUGUUUUAAGGAUUGUUUUAAAUAAAUAUAAAUAAAAGCUGAAUUUCAAGUAA